AUGCCACCAAAGGCGGUUGUAGCGAAAUGGAUGAGGGGUGGAUACAUUGGUACCAAACUUGUCUUGGAAGAGAAAACAUUGACCAGACACGUUGGCUCUCCUCCGCAAGUCAUUGUAAGCCUCUACAAGUUCAUUCUAUUCGCUAUCCAUCACGUUCUCAAAGUCGAUCUCCUGAGCCAAAUGACUGAACGGAAGAAGAUAGUUGUAUUUGGUAGCGUUGUUCAAGAUCUAGUCAGUUACACCACAGAUUUUCCCCGCCCUGGAGAGAGCGUUCGCGGCCAUAUGUUCCGGAUGGCAAGCGGCGGAAAAGGUGCCAAUCAGGCUGUUGCAGCGGCGCGACUGGGUGCGAAGGUGCAGAUGAUUGCUAGGGUAGGAGAUGAUUUCUUCGGCAAGUCGAACAUUGCUGACCUGACGGAGAGCGGAGUUGACACAUCACGAGUGGAGAAGUCUCAGACUAGUCAUACGGCCACUGCAACUAUCACCGUCAAUUCACAUGGAGAGAACUGCAUCGUUGUGACAUUGGGUGCCAACCUUGAAGUCGAUGAAUCUACUGCAAAUAGACAUGAAACCGCCUUGAGGGAUGCCGCUCUUGUGUUAAUCCAAGCUGAGAUCUCCAGUGAAGGAAACAAACGGAUUUUCGAAUUGGCUAAAAAGCAUGGAGUGAAAACGUUCUUCAAUCCUGCUCCCGGAGAUCCGAACAUGGAUAAGUCGAUAGUUACACUAACAGAUAUAAUCUGCACCAACGAGAGUGAGGCUGAAUUCGUGACCGGUAUUUCGCAGAAUUCACUAGAUGACGCUAAGAAAGCUGCUGCCAAAAUGCUGACAAUGGGUCCUGAACAUGUGAUAAUUACAUUAGGUGCCAAAGGUUGCGUACUCGCAUCAAAAGGUCACGAUUUCCAACACAUCCCAGUGAAGAAGGUGACCGCAGUUGAUACAACGGGUGCUGGUGAUUGCUUCUGCGGUUCCUUAGCCUAUUUCCUAGUUGAAGGAAAGCACUCCAUGCGAGAAGCAGUUGUGAAAUCAGCAGGCAUUGCAGCGCUAUCCGUACAACGUAAGGGGACGCAGUCAUCCUAUUGGAAACGAGAAGAAAUUGAACGUGAACAUCCAGAUCUUUUAGAAUAA